AGUUGGGGGUGUUUCCCAAAAUUGCAAUUUACACAUUCUACAAUAUUAGAAAGACAUAAUUUUUGAAAUUAUUUUUCUAUAUUGAAAAUAUUGGGUCGUCCUAAAGCUUGUCAAUUUGACAUUUUUAUUAGACAAUAUGGAUGGAUUUGGUGACAACUUUGUCAUUGAACCAGAAGUAGAUCCUGUGGCAGAAUUUGUAGCAAGAGAACAGGACCAAUUGGCAGGGCUAGAAGAUGAAAUCCCACCAGUUUCUAUGUCUGCUCCUACAAUAGGACCUAAUAUAGAUGGUGGCGAUGCUGAAAGUAGUUUCGAAAUAGUAGAUGCAGUUGGACAAUCUAAUGAAACACAAGCACUACCGGCGACAGAAACACAAGCUAAGCCUCCUCCUGUUAAAGAGGAACCUGAGAAAAUACGAAAAUGGAGAGAAGAACAAAAAGCUAGGCUAGAAGAAAAAGAUGCGGAAGAAGAGAAGAAGAAGGAAGAGUGGCGAGAGGCUGCAAGAAAAGAGUUAGAAGAAUGGUAUAAACAUCAUGCAGAAGCUAUUAGUAAAACAAAAACUACAAACAGGGAAUCGGCCAAGAACGCGGAGAAACAAUUCGUUGCAGAAGCUGAUGAAGUGGAGCCAGGAACUGAAUGGGAACGUAUCGCGAAGCUAUGUGAUUUUAAUCCUAAAUCUUCGCGCACAUCUAAAGAUGUUUCUCGGAUGCGUUCAAUCAUUUUACAACUGAAACAAACUCCUCCUGCUCCAGUCAGUCUUUGAUUAAAUUAAUAAUUUGGUAUGGAAUAUAGAUAUACAGAAUAUCAAACGUAUUAAACAAAAGAACAGUGUACACAGGUUACAAUGAUAUAAUCGGAAAAAAGAUCAUAAAUGAUCUGUUAAGAAAAAAUGUAAUAUUAUUGUGAAUAAAGAUUAUUAAUAGCAAG